AUGCCUCCUAAACGCAAAAACAAUUCUCCUGACAAACGAGUUGUAAAAAGAGCAAAAAAAGUUAUGAGUCUUGAAGACAAAAUGAAAAUUCUUGACAGUCUUAGGAGAGGAGAAAAAGUAGUUUUCCUUGCUCAACAAUAUCAAGUUAAUGAAUCAACAAUCCGCACAAUUAGAAACAAUGAAAAAGAAAUUAGAGAGACGGCUGAACAGGUGGGUGUACAUGGUAAAACUGUUAAAUACGUGAGAAGCACAAACAUGGAAAAAAUGGAAGACAUGUUGUAUAUUUGGAUAAAAGAUAAAACCCGCCAAAGAGUUCCACUAAGUUCUGCAGUGAUCCGUGAACAAGCAUUAUAUUAUUUCGAUUAUCUCAACAAGGAAAUUUCAAAAACGAAUGAGAAGAUUACAGCUAGUAAAGGUUGGUUCGAAGGUUUUAAAAAACGAUAUUCUCUUCAUAAUGUCAAAUUCAGCGGCGAAAGUGCUUCUGCCGACUAUAAAGCUGCGACAGAGUUUCCGAAAGUUUUCAAGGAAUUAAUUGCUGAAAAAGGGUAUCAUGCAUCACAAGUAUUUAACUGUGAUGAAACUGGCCUUUUCUGGAAAAAGAUGCCUAAUCGCACAUUUUUAACAAAAGAUGAAAACAAAGCGGCAGGUUUUAAGAUUUCGAAAGAUCGUUACACGCUGAUGUUGUGCAGUAAUGCAUCUGGCACUUAUAAGUGCAAACCACUGUUGGUUUAUAAAUCUGAAAAUCCACGUGCUCUUAAGGGGAAACGAAAAGAUCAUUUACCGGUAUUCUGGCAAUUCAAUAAAAAAGCAUGGGUUACUGGUACAAUUAUGGAAGACUGGAUAUCAAAAUCGUUUAUGCCCGAAGUGCAAAGUUUUCUCAAAACAGAAAAUCUUGAUUUUAAAGUUCUUUUAUUGAUGGACAAUGCACCUUCGCAUCCAAAAAAUUUAUCAGAUGCUCAUCCCAACUUAGAAGUUUUGUUUCUUCCGCCCAACACAACGUCUUUGUUGCAACCAAUGGAUCAAACCGUAAUAUCGACCUUUAAGGCUUACUACUUACGCCGUGUGUUAAAAAAUAUGAUCGCUGAUAUCAAUAGAAUUCCAGCAGGACAAGUCGACCCUACUGGAGUAGUGCGAGAUUAUUGGAAGACAUUCUCUAUUUUACAGUCGAUACUUAUCGUGCAGUCGUCUUGGGAAGAAGUCUCAUCUUACACACUGAAUGCAAGUUGGAGAAAAUUGUGGCCCGAAAUUGUUCAAGACAAACAGUCCGAAUUAAACGCACAGCAAAUUGCACAGCAGGUCGUAGAGGUUGCAAAAGGGAUCGAAGCAGACGGUUUUAAAGACAUGGAAGCAGCUGAAGUUGUGAACUUGAUAAAUGAGAACAUUGAUCUUACACCUAGUGCCCUUGUUGAGAUCUUGGAUCCGGGACAUGUACCGGACGAUGACGACGAUCUUGGAUCACAAGAAGAACCACCACAUCUUUCGUACAAAACAGUGGCAAAUACGAUGUCAUUAACUCAAGAGGCUUUCGAAUUGUUAAUUCUCAAUGACCCGAUAAUGUCACGCAGUAUUAAAUUUAGACACGAUUGCGAAGAAGCUAUGCGCCCAUAUACAGAAUUACAGUCAGAUUUACUGCGACGAGCAAAACAAAGUCGUGUAACUGAUUUUUUCAAUAAAAAAAACUGA